AUUCCCAAACUUUCAACACUCCUCCAAGCAGGCCGGCAAUUUAUAUACGAAUUUCGUGCUUAGCAACUUAUUUAAGCCCAGUAAACAACUAGUGAGCCGCUGAAAAGAUCGGAAAAGAGUACAACUCCCAACUCCCGACCAGUGAUACAAUAGACAGAAACAAAAGCGCAAAAUGGCCGAGACCGAGAAAAUCGAGGUUCGCGACGUGACUCGCAUCGAGCGCAUUGGCGCCCAUUCGCACAUCCGCGGAUUGGGAUUGGACGAUGUGCUGGAGGCUCGCCUGGUAUCCCAGGGAAUGGUGGGCCAGAAGGACGCCAGGCGUGCCGCCGGCGUUGUGGUGCAGAUGGUUCGCGAGGGCAAGAUCGCCGGAAGAUGUAUCCUUUUGGCCGGGGAGCCCAGUACCGGCAAAACGGCCAUUGCCGUGGGGAUGGCGCAGGCUCUGGGCACCGAAACCCCAUUCACUAGCAUGUCAGGAUCCGAGAUAUACUCGUUGGAGAUGAGCAAGACCGAGGCUCUGUCACAGGCACUUCGCAAGAGCAUUGGCGUUCGCAUCAAGGAGGAAACCGAGAUUAUUGAAGGAGAAGUUGUUGAGAUCCAGAUUGAACGUCCCGCCACGGGAACCGGGCAAAAGGUGGGCAAGGUCACCCUCAAGACCACUGAAAUGGAGACCAACUACGAUCUGGGCAACAAGAUCAUCGAGUGCUUCAUGAAAGAAAAGAUCCAGGCUGGCGAUGUGAUCACCAUCGACAAGGCCUCCGGAAAAGUUAACAAGCUGGGUCGCAGCUUUACCAGAGCCAGAGACUACGAUGCCACUGGCGCCCAGACCAGAUUCGUCCAGUGCCCCGAGGGGGAGCUUCAGAAACGCAAGGAGGUGGUGCACACAGUGACCCUUCACGAGAUCGAUGUAAUCAAUAGUCGCACCCACGGGUUCCUGGCCCUGUUCUCCGGCGACACUGGCGAGAUCAAGCAGGAGGUGCGCGAUCAGAUCAACAACAAGGUUCUCGAGUGGCGCGAGGAGGGCAAGGCUGAGAUAAACCCGGGAGUACUCUUCAUAGACGAGGUGCACAUGCUGGACAUUGAGUGCUUCUCCUUCCUGAAUCGUGCCUUGGAGUCGGACAUGGCUCCGGUGGUGGUGAUGGCCACCAACCGCGGCAUCACUCGCAUUAGGGGCACCAACUACCGCAGUCCCCACGGCAUUCCCAUUGAUCUGCUCGAUCGCAUGAUCAUUAUACGCACUGUGCCGUAUUCCGAGAAGGAGGUUAAGGAGAUCCUAAAGAUUCGCUGCGAGGAAGAGGACUGCAUCAUGCAUCCGGACGCCCUGACUAUUCUCACACGCAUCGCCACAGAUACCAGUUUGCGCUACGCCAUCCAACUAAUCACCACAGCCAAUUUGGUCUGUCGUCGCCGCAAGGCCACCGAAGUCAAUACCGAAGAUGUGAAGAAGGUCUACUCGCUCUUCCUGGACGAGAAUCGUUCGAGCAAGAUCCUGAAGGAGUACCAGGACGACUACAUGUUCAGUGAGAUCUCUGAGGAGGUGGAAAGGGACCCAGCCGCUGGUGGCGGAGCAAAGCGUCGCGUCGAGGGCGGAGGAGGAGAUGCCCAGCCCAUGGAGCACUAGAGUCCGAGUAGCCAUCCCAGCAACCUCCCAGUACAUUCUCAUGACUAUUUUAUGAUCAAUAAAUAAGUUUCCUUGUAUCUACGAUUAA